GAAGGGGUGCGGGGGUACUGGGAGCGGGGCGGCCCGUUGCAGCGGCACCGGGCCAGGAGUUGCUGGAUGGUGCCCGGGCUGACCUGUGCUUGACCGGGCUUUGUUGCUGGGUUUCUGCGGGAGUCGCAAGUGUCUGGCAGUGGGGUGGUGGAGCACCUUCGGCGCCUUUAGCUUCGAGACCAGUCCAGUCCGCAAAACGGAGCUGUGGAAAUAGCAGUCCGAAGUCCAGUUGCCUGCUGGUUUAGUGCUAUGCUUCAUUGCUUUGGUGGUUCAGUUUUGUCUUCACUGAUGCUUGCAGAACCUCCAGUAGCAUUUCUGUCAAACAGCAGAAAUGUUCUACUGGCAUCUUCAGUCUGGUAUCUUGUAUUUUACUUCCCACAAGACAUAUUCUACCAGUGCUUUGCCUUUCUUCCUCUUCGGCUUCUGGUUGCAGGAAUGAAGGAAGUGACUAGGACUUGGAAGAUAACAACUGGCAUUGCACAUGCAGACAGUCACUUCAAAGAUGCCUGGCUUGUCAUGGUAGCUGUGGGUUGGGCCAGAGGAGCUGGUGGUGGCCUAAUUUCCAACUUUGAGCAGCUGGUGAGAGGCGUGUGGAAACCUGAAACUAACGAACUACUGAAGAUGUCCUACCCUGUGAAGGUAACUUUGGUAGGAGCAGUUCUUUUCACCAUGCAACACAGCCAAUAUUUGCCAAUAGCAAGACACAACCUCAUGUUUUUGUACACCGUCUUUCUUGUUGUCUCCAAGGUAACAAUGACAUUGAGAAAAGCUGCAGCUUCUCCAUUUGCUCCCUUUGAGGCUGCAUUAGACCGUAUGUUCUUUGGCUUGCAAAAGACACCAUCCAAAGUCAAGGGUGAAGGUGCCACAUAUUCCAGUGACUCAUCUGUCUGUGACAGGUGGUCUUCUGAACACCAGCGUGAUGAUGUUAAGAAAAGACAGACAAAGAAAGCAGAAUAAGUGGCUUAAAAUCCUUGAUGGUCAUAACCUUGGAAGAUGUAUGUAUUUUAGACUAGGCUGGCUCAGAAAUUUGUUUAAAGAAAUGUGAGAACAGGGCUGUAUACUACUGUGGUUUUGUUUGGUUUUGGAAUGUGUUUUCUAAGCUACUUUUCAGAUGUGUAAAUGCACAUGUUGGACUUGUUACAAAUUUUUGUAGUAAUUAUAUUUACUGUGUUUAAAUAAAUUUUUAAGCUUAGAUAACAUUUCCAUUUACAUGAUGAAAAGAUAGUUUCAAAGUGUGACAAUCAGCUUUGUUACUUUUUCUGGUAUGUCACUUGUUUCACCUCUAUCUAUUUCCUCGGUCUUUGCUGGCUUAUGUCUCAUUUGGAUAGCGUGGAUUUGUGCUGCCAUGCAUUUACAGUAGCAUGUUCCAAAUAAAGUCAAGGCUUAAUCACAUUGCACUGUAAAACCAUGAAAAUGUACCAAACUUAUGCCUUUAACUAGAAAAAUAACUGCAUUACUGUUGUAAUUCACAUUGCACUGGUUUAGAUUUUCUUCACUUCAGAAAAUAUUUUAAUAUGUUUCUAUUUUUUAAAAGAAGAGUGAAUUAUCUGGCACUUUAAAAAGUCUUUACAGUUAGCAGGCAGAAACACUUCAGUAUUUUUGUUGCUGGCUUACUUUGUCGCUUUAUUUGCAAGCACUUGAGAUAUAGUGGGUUUUCAUGUUACACAGGUGAUUUACAUGUGGUUUGUAGUUACCUUUCAGUUUGACUGAGACUAGACAAUCACUACUUGCAGUUUUAUUCAAGCAUAUGCAUUUUUUUCUUUUCAAAGCCAAACUUCCUUUUAAAAAAGAGUGCUGAACAAUAACUUUACCUUGUUUCUCAUGAGUUCAGCCCUGUUAUGCUUACUGUUGAUAAAUACUAGCACUACGUUGUAGCAAUUACCUCUGGUGCUUUUGGGGAAGAAGCCUGAUGUCACCUGAAGAAUUUUGGGGUUUUAAUUAUGGGUUGGUUUACAGGACAUGAGGCCCUACUGGCACCAAAUGGAGUUCAAGGGGGAAAAGGAUCUUUGUGCAUGACUUAUCAGAGCUUAUUGAAAGUGCCUUAGGCUAGUCUUCAUGUAAAACCAGUUCUCUGAGUACCCAGCCCCCAGAGCUAGAAGACAGGAAGGGGGAGCACCAAGGGUAAAUUGUGUAUGACCUUCUACACCACUUAGACACACAAAAGUCUAUGAGGCUAGAUGGGAUCCACUUGAACGUGUUGAGGGAGCUGGUGGGAGUGCUCACUGAGCCACUCUCCAUCAUCUACCAGCAGUCCCAGGUCCCAUGGAAGGUUGCAGAAGACUGGAGGGUGCCGAAUGUGACACCCAUCUGCAGGAAGGGCCAAAAGUAGGAUCUUGGGACCUACAGUCCUGUCAGCCAGACCUCAGUGCCAGGGAAGCUCAUGGAGGAGCUCAUCUGAGCACCCUCACAUGGUACCAUACAGGACAAUUAACAGGUCCAGUCAACGUGGCUUAAUGAAAGGCAGAUCUUGCUUCCUGAUCUGUUUCUACAAGAAGAUGAUCCGCUCAGUGAAUGAAGGCUGCUGUGGAUGUUGUUUCCUUGGACUUCAGUAAGGUCUUUGACACAGUUUCCCAUAGCAUGCUCCUGGAGAAGCUGGCUGCCCAUGGAUUGGACAGGGGUACUGUGAAACUGGAUGGCAGAGUCCAGAGAGAGGUGGGGAAUGGAGUGAAAUCCAGUUGGCAGUCAGUCACCAGUGGUGUCCUGCAGGGCUCUGUGCUGGGUCUUGUUUAGUUUAAUAUCUUCAUCAAUGAUCUGGAUGAGGGGAUCGAGUUCACCUUCAGUAAGUUUGCAGCUAAUACCAAGUUAGGUGGGACUGCAGAUCUGCCUGAGGGCAGGAAGGUUCUUAAGAACCUGGACAGGCUGGAACAAUGGGUUGAGACCAAUUGUAUGAGGUGUAACAAGGCCCAAGGCUGGGUUCUGUGCUUGGGCCACAACAACCCCAGGCAAUGCUACAGGCUUGUGGCAGAGUGGCUCCAAAGCUGUCCAGCAGGAAAAGACCAGAGGACCACCUCAAAAAAGGACAACUAGUGAAGAGUCUGGAGAGCAAGUCUGAUGAGGAGCAGCUGAGAGAGCUGGGGAUGUUUAGCCUAGAGAAGAGGAGGCUGAAAGGAGACAUGAUCACUCUCUACAGCUAUCUGAAAGGAGUUUGUAACAAGGUGGGGGUCAGUCUCCCAAGUAACAAGUGAUAGGACAAGGGGAAACAGCUGCAAUUUGCUUCAGGAGUUAUUCAGUUUAGAUAUUUGAAAAAAAUUCUUCACCAAUAGGAUUGUCAAGUCCUGGAACAGGCUACCUAAGGAGGUGGUUAUCACUGUCCCCGUGGAUAUUGAAAAGACGUAGAUGUGACAUUUAGGGACAUGGUUUAGUGGUGGAUGUGUCAGUGCUAGGUUAAUGGUUGCACUUGAUGACCUUAAAAGUCUUUUGCAACCUAAAUGAUUCUGUGAUUCUAUGAUAUUAGAAGCACUGGAAUGAUUUAUUAGUGUUUGCUAAAAUAUACUGUUUCCUGUAUGUUGCAUCUUUUUUUGCACAUGAUGUGGAACAGUUCUAAGUGGCCUGCACGUCAGAACUGAGAACUUGAAUACUUUAGAGAUGUCACAUUUCAUAAGAACAGAAUCUACUCAGAGGAGUCUUUCAUUGAUGUGUCAAUUUUCAGAAUAAAUUAAACCAUUUUUACAAAAUUAUUUUUUUUUUUAUCUUCAGAGAGCACUCCUUUGAAAAGUGUUCUUCAGCAAGAGGAGGUAGAUUAAUCUUUCUGCCAAGGAGAAUGUGGAGGGAGAUCUGAUUUGAAAAGACAAAAUUCUAUUUCCAGGUACAUAGCAAAACUUAAAAAAACCCCAUCACCAGUGCUGUGCUUAGUGAAAAGAGAAAAAAGUACCUAAGAAAUUUCUUGUGCCUGUCUAGUCACAUUUCCAUGAUAAUGACCAAAGUCUCAGUUUUGAAUGCAACUUGAAAGCUAAAAUGAGUAUUUUCUUCAACAGAGAAGAAUAUAAUAAAGACAAAGAAAUCCCAAGUCUUUGAACCAAAUAGCAAUCAUAUUCCUGACAUUUUGUGUAGUUACACAUGCUUGGAGUAUUCACUUGCAGGAUGUCUCAGUUUUUUGUACUGUGGAUGUAUGGAUAAACCCAAAGUGCUGACUAACUAAUUAAUGAUAAACUAGUUACUCAGCAGCACCAGCAAAAGUUGUAUGCCCACAAUUAUAAGAGCUUCUGGUUGUUUUUUUGAAAAGGUGUAACUGUGUACUAGAUCAGAAGAAUCACACAGAAUUGGAUUGUGGUAGGGAGCUAUGUUGCAUGACUGUUGAGAUACUGCCAAAUAACUGGCUACUAUUAACUCAAGUAAAUGUGAAAAUAUUAAUUUUGGACUUACAACAAUAUUAAAAGACAUUGUAUUCCUGAUUGAACACUUCAGGAGAAAUACACAUCACACUUUAAAAUGUAUUUGUUGUGAGAUAGAGUAUGUUAUACUGAAGAAAUCCUGCUGUAAGCACUAUGAAAACAAACCUCCAUGUUUAAAGAUCUCACAGUGUUCUGAGAACUGUUUCUUCAUGAUAGGAAAAAGCUAACCAGUUGCACAAGCUUCACCCUAAAUUGUGAAUACAGGAUGCCUUAAAUAAACAAUGAUUUUCAUGCUGUUCUGUGUUUUCUGCUAAACUUCUCUGUCUGAGAUUGGUAAGAAUUAUUUAAUGUCUCCUCUGUUCUGGUAAAGCAUGUCAGAUUCUGCAGAACUACAUAU